AUUUAGUUUUUGUUGUUUGAACCAUGUCCAAGCCCUCCAUUCUCGUCCUUGGCGGCGUCGGCUUCAUCGGCCGCAACCUGAUCGUCCAUCUCGUUGAGAACAGCCUUGCCAGCAAGAUCCGCGUCGUCGACAAGGUCUUGCCCCAGACCGCUUGGCUGACUGAGCGCCAAACCAAGGCUUUCGCUGGUGUUGAGUUUGUCCAGGGCAACCUGACCAACGCUGCUUCCACUGCCAACGCCUUCGACAACGCUGGCGCCUCGUUCGACUUUGUCAUCAACCUCGCUGCUGAGACCAAGUACGGCCAGACUGAGAAGAUCUACGAAGAGAAGGUCCUCAGCUUGUCGGUGUGCGUCGCCAAGGAGGCUGCCAAGCGCGGCGUCAAGCGCUUUAUUGAGGUGUCGACCGCCCAGGUGUACAGCAGCGACAAGGAUGCCAGCACGGAGACGGACAAGCUCAACCCGUGGACUACCAUUGCGCAAUACAAGCUGAAGGCUGAGGAGGCCAUCAAGGGCAUUGCCGGCCUGAACUAUGUCAUUGUUCGCCCCGCCAUCGUCUACGGCACUGGCGAUUUGCUCGGCCUGACCCCGCGUCUGAUUAUCGGCGCCGUCUACAAGAGCCUCAACGAGCAGAUGAAGCUUUUGUGGACUGAGAAGCUCCGCCUCAACACUGUACAUGUUGACGACGUUGCGCGCGCCCUCUUCUACCUGACCGACCACGGCAACAGCGGCGAGAUCUACAACCUGGCGGACAAGGGCGACACGUCCCAGGACACUGUCAGCACCAUCCUCGAUCAGAUCUUUGGCAUCAAGCACUCGUACGCCGGCUCAAUCCAGUCCAACCUGGCCAAGCUCAACAUGAAGAACAUUACCGAGGAUGUCAACGAGUCGCACAUGGACCCCUGGUCGAAGCUCCUCAAGGCCGACGGCAUUGAGAACACUCCUCUCAGCCCCUACCUCGACCAAGAGCUGCUGUACAACAACAACACGACCGUUGACGGCUCCAAGAUUGAAAAGCUCGGCUUCUCCUACACCCAGCCGCAGCUCACCAAGGACGCCCUCAAGAACGUCGUCGAUGAGUACGUCAAGCUUGGCCUCUUCCCCAAGUCCAUCCUGUAAAGCUGUCCCUGUUUUUUUGUUGUUUUCAUUUUGGCAUGUCUGUGAGGAUGAAAAGCAAAACGCCGAAAUACAGAAAACAUUUUGUCGACCAGA